AUGGCUUCUUCUAGGACAGUGAAGGACGUUUCGCCUCACGAAUUCGUCAAGGCUUAUUCCGCUCACCUCAAACGAUCUGGCAAGAUGGAGCUUCCUGAGUGGACUGAUAUUGUGAAAACUGCCAAAUUCAAAGAAUUGGCUCCCUAUGAUCCCGAUUGGUAUUACAUCAGAGCUGCUUCUAUGGCAAGGAAGAUCUAUUUGAGAGGUGGUCUUGGUGUUGGUGCAUUCCAGAGGAUUUAUGGUGGGAGCCAGAGGAAUGGAAGUCGCCCUCCCCAUUUUUGCAAGAGCAGCGGCUCUAUUGCCCGUAACAUUCUUCAGCAGUUGCAGAACAUGAACCUCAUUGAGAUGGAUAGCAAGGGUGGCAGGAAAAUUACAUCUAGUGGCCGACGGGAUCUCGACCAAGUUGCUGGACGAAUUGUAAUUGCACCUUGA